AUAAAAUAACCGCCAAUAAGAAGAGGAGAGGAGGGGAGAGGAGGGGAGAAACGACGAAAAGAAUCCAUGGACCUUAUCAUUUCAAGCCACUCCUGCAACUCGCUCUGCAGGAAACCGGCAUUUUACCGGCGAAUUUCGUCUCCAAACCCCACGACUCAACACUCCACUUCUCUUAAGUGCCGCGUUGUUAAAACGACAUCGGAGCUUCAAUCUUCAGUAGGAGUGAGCGAUCGAACCGGCAACAGCUACUCUCCCUCGAUUCCAACUCACAAGGUCACUGUUCACGACCGGCAACGGGGCGUUGUUCACGAGUUCCUUGUUCCAGAGGACCAGUACAUAUUGCACACAGCGGAGUCACAGAACAUCACACUUCCAUUUGCUUGCAGGCACGGUUGUUGCACCAGCUGUGCUGUACGUGUUAAAUCAGGGCAACUUAGACAGCCAGAAGCUUUAGGGAUCUCUGCUGAGUUGAAGUCGAAGGGAUAUGCACUUCUUUGUGUGGGCUUCCCGUCUUCUGAUCUUGAAGUAGAAACACAAGAUGAGGAUGAGGUGUAUUGGCUUCAGUUUGGAAGAUAUUUUGCCCGAGGACCAAUUGAAAGGGAUGACUAUGCGUUGGAGUUGGCCAUGGCUGAUGAAUAGCGAAUGACUCCUACGUAACAAGGAACAGAGAUUGGAUCUAUCAGAUCACGCUCGAUGGACCACCAAAAUCAGCCUUUUAGUUUCAACUAGAUUCAUAGCGUGGCUGGUGGUUCUUGAUUUAUCUUCUUCCUAUAAUCUCGAGCGAUAGGGAUACACAUGCAGGACAUCUCUGGCUGCGUCUGGCAUUGUUUUGAAUCUUAUCUCGUUUAGAUUGGAGUAUCUUCGGGCUGAAAGAUGACGACAACUGAGUGACCCUAAUCAAGGUACUCUGUGGGACUGAAAGGGCGCAGGCUAUGAUAUUUGUGCUCAUGGAUGUCAAAUCAAAACAUGAUAUAUCGAGAUCUUGAAGUUAACAAACACGUAGAUUAUAAUGAUUUUGAGGUUUGUAACACUUUAGGUUAGGUUAGCUACACCUUUCAUGUAAGCCUCUCUAGUGUAGCUCUUUUUUAAACUGCAUGCA